AUUUUCCGACAGAAAUGCUUUUGAAACAAAAAGUGAACGGGAAAUGGGUUUUUUUUUCAUUCUUUUUCUUUUUUAUUGCAUUAUUCUUAUAAUAUAUGGAAAAUAAAAAGUUCGUGUUAGGUGAAAAUUCAAAAUCGUAUCCACCAUCUCCACCUUCUAAUUAUAAACGACAUGAAUCACAACCACUUCUCAUAACAACAACAUCACCUCCUUCACCUCCACAUGUAUUAGAAACAACUACAAUCAAUAGCAAUCAUACAAACAAACGAACUAAUCAUCAUACAGUAAAAAGAAGAACAACUGGUAUCAAGUUUAUAAAACGUUCACCAUCUAUGGAAGAUACCAAAUCUACGCGCCGGUCGUUAUCACAACAAGCAAUACAACCUCUAUGUCCAAUACCAACUGUAACACUAUCGUCAUCAUCGUCAUCGUCAUCUAUAUCAUCCAACACUAGUAAACAAAGGAAAUCAUCCUCGAUAUCAUCAUCAAGAGUAAGUACACCUCCUUUUCUUGUUUCUACUACAACUGAAUGCGCUAAACCUGUGGAACAUAUCAUUCAUGCCAAUGCUGUAUCUCCAUCUUCUUCCAAUGCCAAGUUGGAAUUGACCAAUACUUAUUCUCGUGCUCUUCAAAUCUCAUCUACAUCUUCAUCACCUGGUCCUUCACUAUUUUCCAAAUCAACUCAGCAAUCAUCAACUCAACAACAACAACAACAACAGCAACAACAACAACAACAGCAUCAUCAUCAUCGCCUAAUAUCUCGUUUUAUACAAACGGACAAUACAAGCAAUACCGAUGACACGCUUUAUCAACAUGUGGAAAAUGAAUAUUGUACCAUCAAUCAAUAUCAACGACCAAUGUUAAAUAGUCUUAUCAGGUGUUUGACAAACAAGCAAGAAAUUCAUUCUAUGCCAACAUUAUUAUCAUCACCAGUAACAAAAACUACUUCUUUCUCCUUAUCACCAACAACUCCAACACUACAACCACCACCACCACCAUCACCAUCGUCACCAUCAUCAGCGACAGAUCAUCCAUCGUAUACUUUAUCAUCACCAAUAGUAUCACCCUCAUCAGCCAUGCGUAUUGGAUCAGAUCAAUGCCCUCAUGCCGAACAACGUCAAUUCAUCCACAGAACCCAUUUGAAAAGAUUAGAUCAUUCUCUGAAUCAACGUCUUUCUUUACCAUCAGCAACUACAUCAUCACCAUCGUCUUCCAAUCAUCAUUCACCUUGGGUCACUUCUUUAUGGGGUCGUGUUUGGCAUGGUUUGGUCAAAACUUAGUUUCUCUUCUUUAUUUUACCUAGUCUAGAUCAUCUUUUUUUUUUUUUACUCAUUCCAUUAUAUGUAUACUUC